AUGCGCGGGUGGCGGUGGCAGAGGCGGAGUUGGAACGGUACGCGCGCGGUUGGCGGAAUGGUCUUGAACCAGGUACGGGCCGUUUUCUUUGAUCUGGACAACACGCUCAUCGACACGGCCGGGGCGAGUAGAAAAGGCAUGUUGGAGGUGAUAAAGCUCUUACAAUCAAAAUACCAUUACAAAGAAGAGGCUAAAACCAUCUGUGACAAAGUGCAAGUUAAACUCAGCAAGGAAUGUUUUCAUCCUUCCAGUACUUGCAUUACUGAUCUCAGGACUUUACAUUGGGAAGAAGCAAUCCAGGAAACGAAGGGUGGUGCAGCCAAUAGGAUAUUGGCUGAAGAAUGUUAUUUCCUGUGGAAAUCUACACGUUUACAGCAUAUGAUACUAGCAGAAGAUGUCAAAGCCAUGCUCACUGAACUUCGAAAGGAGGUCCGCCUACUUUUACUGACAAAUGGAGACUGCCAGACCCAAAGGGAGAAGAUCGAGGCUUGUGCCUGCCAGUCCUAUUUUGAUGCUAUCGUUGUAGGUGGAGAGCAGAAGGAAGAGAAACCAUCACCUUCCAUAUUUUAUUACUGCUGUAGUCUCCUUGGAGUACAGCCUGGGGACUGUGUGAUGGUUGGUGACACUCUAGAAACUGAUAUACAAGGAGGUCUUAAUGCAGGGCUAAAAGCAACAGUCUGGAUAAAUAAAAAUGGAAUAAUGCCACUGAAGUCAUCCCCCAUGCCACAUUAUAUAAUUUCUUCUGUGCUAGAGUUACCUGCUGUCUUACAAAGUAUAGACUGCACAGUCAAUAUGUCAGCUUAAAGCACAUAAAAGGACAUGAUUAUGUAUUUUAGGGUAAAAUUACAGGGUUUGAACUAAGAAAAGUUAAGGCAUUCCAUAUAUUAUGACCCAGUUCUAAGAAUAAUUUUACUUAUGAUUCAGUGGCCAGCCAACCAUUGACUGGUAUUUAUAUCUGGAAAUCCAGAGUACAUUAAUUAAUACAAGUUAUUUUUAGUAGGAUAAUCCAGAAAACUUGAGGAAAUAUAUUAUUUGUUAAAUCUGUAACUUGAGGUUUUUAAAGAAUUAUUUUAUUAAUCUUUUAAUAUCUUGGAUCCAUGAAGAUACCAGGCAAGAUAGCUUAUACUGGAUUCACAAAUACAGGUUUUAUGUUCUGUCUUAAAAAUAGAUAUAUUUUGGGGCGCCUGGGUGGCGCAGUCGGUUAAGCGUCCGACUUCAGCCAGGUCAC